AAACAUCGUGCAACGCACACGUUUUACACUUAGGUAUAUUGUUAACAAACCUACUUUGUUACAAUAACUAUCUCAGAGAGGUAGAAGAGUGUUAAAAUGUGGCACAAAAGGCAUGCUUUAGCCAUUGUGCCCGUUAUUAUAGUCGGUUGGCUAAACAUACAGUGUACUGAGGGAUUUGGGAUUUCAUCCUUCGGGAAGGCUAACACAGAUCCACCGAAGCCAGCAACGACAUCUGCCGCACCCGCCCGACCGUGUUCACGGCAGGCGGAAUGCGCGGGCAUCAGCAGCAGUUCCUGUGUACGCACGCACUAUGAUCCAAUCACUCGAUGCCUGUGUGGAGACAACCAGCCGCCUGUCAACGGACAAUGUGACUCGCAGACUAAAGCUCUCUACCACGUCUGCGCGAACAGCGACGAGUGCAACGACGGGCUGAUCUGCGGGACCCCAAACAUCACCGGCACGACCCCGCUACAUCUCAGAGUGCACCCUCCGUCAGAGAAGAUCUGUCUCUGCGAUGCGGACUCUGGGUUUACAGAGAAAGAACACGCUUGCAACGAUGCCGAUAUCCUCAAGACAUCUUUGAUAGCGAUCUUCGUAGUAUCCUGCAUAAGGAAGAUCCUAGCAAAUUAAAUAAUAAUUAAUAUUAAUAAAAACACAACGUAUUCAUUAAAAUAAUUA